AGAUAAAAAGACCUCUAAACUGGGACCCACACAGAGUAAAAACCAAAGGGGCAGAGGAGGAUAGGAAGGCAAAUAGAAGAAAUAUCGCGAACUGUUGGGCAGCCAAGAUGGCUUCCGGCACUUGCCGCCACACUUAAUAUGGCGAUCAGGGAGCGUUCCGGGAGGAAAUCACGCGAGAGUUUCAUCGCAGCAACUGUCGUUGAACUGAGCCGAGCCGGGGGUGUGGAGCAGCCAAGAUGGAGCCGGCACUCGGCGGUCCCGGUCCUCUAAUCAUGAACAACAAGCAGCCCCAGCCGCCUCCACCUCCGCCGCCCGCAGUCGCGCAGCCUCCGCCUGGGGCACCGCGGGCCGGCGGGGGCCUCCUGCCCGGGGGCAAAGCCCGAGAGUUCAACCGCAACCAGCGCAAAGACUCGGAGGGCUAUUCCGAGUCUCCAGACCUCGAGUUUGAGUAUGCUGACACAGACAAGUGGGCUGCAGAGCUCUCAGAGCUUUACAGCUACACGGAAGGGCCAGAAUUCCUGAUGAAUCGGAAAUGCUUUGAGGAGGACUUCCGGAUGCAUGUGACGGAUAAGAAGUGGACCGAACUGGACACCAACCAGCACCGCACCCACGCCAUGAGGCUCCUGGAUGGCUUGGAGGUCACUGCCAGGGAGAAGAGACUCAAGGUGGCUCGAGCAAUUCUCUACGUUGCCCAGGGCACCUUUGGGGAGUGUAGCUCAGAGGCAGAGGUGCAGUCCUGGAUGCGCUACAACGUCUUUCUGCUCCUGGAGGUGGGCACGUUCAACGCUUUGGUGGAGCUUCUGAACAUGGAAAUAGACAACAGUGCCGCCUGCAGCAGCGCCGUGAGGAAGCCGGCCAUCUCCCUGGCUGACAGCACAGACCUGAGGGUCUUGCUCAACAUCAUGUACCUGAUUGUGGAGACGGUUCACGAGGAGUGUGAGGGUGAUAAGGCCGAGUGGAGGACCAUGCGACAGACCUUCAGGGCCGAGCUGGGUUCCCCACUGUACAACAAUGAGCCGUUUGCCAUCAUGCUGUUUGGGAUGGUGACCAAGUUCUGCAGUGGCCAUGCCCCCCACUUCCCCAUGAAGAAGGUCCUCUUGCUGCUCUGGAAGACAGUGUUGUGCACGCUGGGCGGCUUCGAGGAGCUGCAGAGCAUGAAGGCCGAGAAGCGCGCCAUCCUGGGCCUCCCCCCGCUGCCUGAGGACAGCAUCAAAGUGAUCCGCAACAUGAGGGCCGCCUCUCCGCCAGCCUCCGCCUCCGACCUGAUUGAGCAGCAGCAGAAACGGGGCCGUCGAGAGCACAAGGCUCUGAUAAAGCAGGAUAACUUGGAUGCCUUCAACGAGCGGGAUCCUUACAAGGCUGACGACUCUCGUGAGGAGGAAGAGGAGAAUGACGACGACAACAGUCUGGAGGGGGAGACGUUCCCUCUCGAGCGGGAUGAGGUGAUGCCUCCCCCGCUGCAGCACCCCCAGACAGACAGGCUUACCUGCCCAAAGGGGCUCCCAUGGGCUCCCAAGGUCAGAGAGAAGGACAUCGAGAUGUUCCUCGAGUCCAGCCGCAGCAAGUUCAUAGGUUACACUCUGGGCAGUGACACAAACACGGUGGUGGGGCUGCCCAGGCCAAUCCACGAAAGCAUCAAGACUCUGAAACAGCACAAGUACACGUCGAUUGCAGAGGUCCAGGCACAGAUGGAGGAGGAGUACCUUCGCUCUCCUCUCUCAGGGGGAGAAGAGGAGGUGGAGCAAGUUCCCGCGGAAACUCUCUACCAAGGCUUGCUCCCCAGCCUGCCGCAGUACAUGAUUGCGCUGCUAAAGAUCCUGCUGGCUGCAGCUCCCACCUCAAAGGCCAAGACAGACUCCAUCAACAUCCUAGCAGAUGUCCUGCCUGAGGAGAUGCCUACCACAGUGUUGCAGAGCAUGAAGCUGGGGGUGGAUGUGAACCGCCACAAAGAGGUCAUUGUUAAGGCCAUUUCUGCCGUCCUACUGCUGCUGCUCAAGCACUUUAAGUUGAACCACGUCUACCAGUUUGAAUACAUGGCCCAGCACCUGGUGUUUGCCAACUGCAUCCCUUUGAUCCUAAAAUUCUUCAAUCAAAACAUCAUGUCCUACAUCACUGCCAAGAACAGCAUUUCUGUCCUGGACUACCCUCACUGCGUGGUGCACGAGCUACCCGAGCUGACUGCCGAGAGUCUGGAAGCAGGUGACAAUAACCAGUUUUGCUGGAGGAACCUCUUUUCUUGUAUCAAUCUGCUUCGGAUCUUGAACAAGCUGACAAAAUGGAAGCAUUCGAGGACAAUGAUGCUGGUGGUGUUCAAGUCAGCCCCCAUCUUGAAGCGGGCGCUGAAGGUGAAACAGGCCAUGAUGCAGCUCUAUGUGCUGAAGCUGCUCAAGGUGCAGACCAAGUACCUGGGGCGGCAGUGGCGAAAGAGCAACAUGAAGACCAUGUCUGCCAUCUACCAGAAGGUGCGACACCGGCUGAACGACGACUGGGCCUACGGCAACGAUCUUGAUGCCCGGCCGUGGGACUUCCAGGCAGAGGAGUGUGCCCUCCGUGCCAACAUCGAACGCUUCAAUGCCCGGCGCUAUGACCGGGCCCAUAGCAACCCUGACUUUCUGCCUGUGGACAACUGCCUGCAGAGUGUCCUGGGCCAGCGGGUGGACCUCCCUGAGGACUUCCAGAUGAACUACGACCUCUGGUUAGAAAGGGAGGUCUUCUCCAAGCCCAUUUCCUGGGAAGAGCUGCUGCAGUGAGGCUCCUGGGUGGGAGUCUGAAAGAUGGGGUGAUCCCCAGGUACCCCAGGGGCUGUCCUCGUUCCUUGCUGCAGUGCUCCCAUCCCCCUCCAGGUGGCAGCACAGCCCCACUGUGCCCUCCCAGGCCAGUGCUGGACUGGUGAGUGAGUCCAGAUCUGGCCUCUCUGUGGUUCCCAGUGUCCUGCUCGGAGCCGUCAUUUCUCUCCCUGGGAUCCUCUUCCUUCGUUCCUCCCCGCCCUCCUCUCUCGGACGUUGUUGGUUGCAGCUCAUUUGUCAUGUAGGCCCAAGGCUGGGGAAAGUUAGGUUGGGCUGGGAACCCACUGCAUCUGAAUUUCAGGGAUCAUGCUCACUCUUCCUGAGACACGCAGAUCCUUGGCAUGUGGGUUUGCCAAGGAGGAGGGCUUAGGGUUAGAGCCCGGUCAGACAGUGGUUUUGCUUUAGGGGUUUCUGAUGUCAUUCCAGCCUCCUGCUAAGUUUCAUCCAGAAGCGGUUGCAGAGGCUCCUGCAGCUGCCUCAGCACUUUGCUUCUGGACAGAGUUGGGGUAGGAAGAGAUGUGUCCUUUAACCAGAGGUGCCAUUUUUUUUUUUUUUUUCUUGGUUUGCAGGGGUCUGUAAAUACCUAUAUAUAAAUUGGUGUGUAUUCUCUUGUGUCAUGUUGGGGUUUUUAAUGUGUUUGUGUAUUCCGUUUACAUUAAAAGGAAGCAAAAACAA